UCAUUAAUGGUUCACUGUUGGAAUUGGGAGCCCAAACCCAAGCCCGAGAGAGGCCCACGAAAGCCACCUAAAGGAGGCCAUCCGAUCCGUGAUUCCAUUCGUGUCAAGAACGCUGCGGCGGAAGAAAUUAAGGACAAAAUCGAAGGAUUGAAGCUUGAUUACUUAUGGAAUUUUCUGGGAGAUAGAAUUAGGGCUUUACUUGGGAAUCGAUUCAAUUAAAGGCGUUGUAUGAGAAUUCGUCGAGUAGCUUUAGUCAGUUAUGGUGUCAGUGCAGCCGAAGGCUGUGUGGAUGAAAAGGCAGCAAUGCCCUUGUGGGGAUUGGAAAUGCUUUAUAACAUACGAUGGAGAUGUGGAUGAGACCACCACAGGAUCACAAUCGAUCGACAAUGGUGCUACACAGAUGGAGGCCAUGGUAGCCCCUUAUGUGGGAAUGAUAUUUAACAGUGACGACGAAGCUUUCGAGUAUUAUGUGAAUUUCGCUAGAAAAAAUGGUUUUUCAAUUAGGAAGGAGAGAUCAAGAUUGAGUCCUCAAUUGGGGGUUUAUAAGAGAGAUUUUGUGUGCUACAGAUCAGGGUUUGCACCUGCGAGGAAGAAACAGAUGGGAGAACAUCAGAGGGACCGAAAAUCUGUUCGAUGUGGCUGCGAUGCUAAAAUGUACUUGUCGAAGGAGGUAGUCGACGGGGUUUCUCAGUGGUUCGUCGUGCAGUUUAGCAAUGUGCACAAUCAUGAGCUCUUAGAGGAUGACCAAGUUCGACUUCUUCCGGCUUAUCGUAAAAUUCAGGAGGCUGAUCAAGAGAGGAUUCUUCUGCUUUCGAAAGCUGGAUUUCCGGUGCAUCGAAUUGUUAAGGUUCUUGAGCUGGAAAAGGGGAUUCAAGGAGGACAGCUCUCGUUUCUCGUAAGAGAUGUCAGAAACUUCAUCCAGAAUCGCAAGAAAGUUGUUGUAGAGAACGAUGCUCUAUUGUCUGAGAAGAGAGAAAACGACAUGGCUGAUCUUCUCGAGGCCUGCAAGAUGAAUAAAGAUGCUGAUCCAUACUUUGCUUACGAAGUUGCUGUCGAUGAAAAUGAUAAAAUUGAGAGCAUUGCUUGGUCGUAUGGAGAUUCUGUCCACGCCUACGGCUUAUUUGGCGAUGUUGUGUACUUUGACUUGACAUAUCGUUCGAUAUCUCACAGUCUCCUCUUCGGAGCGUGGCUUGGCAUCGACAAUCAUGGAAAAGUUAUCUUCUUUGGUUGUGUUUUGCUGCAGGACGAAACCCUCCAGUCGUAUGCGUGGGCUUUGCAGGCUUUUCGUCGAUUUAUGAAAGGGAAGUGUCCGCAGACUAUGGUUACAGAUAUCAACACUUGUUUGGGAGAAGCCAUAAGAACCGAAAUGGCGAGCACAAAGCAUGUUAUUUCCUCGUACAAUGUCCUUGCCAAAGUAUCCAGUUGGUUUUCUCUUGCACUUGGAUCAAGGUUGCCCGAAUAUAAAUACGAACUUGAAGAGUUGUGCCGUCUAGAAAGUGCCGAUGAGUUUGAAUUUCGGUGGAAUCAGAUGGUUACACAUUUUGAACUUACUUCGGAUAAGCACAUUGCUUUACUUUUUUCGCUUCGAAUGUCUUGGGCUUUACCUUACACUAGGGGAUGUUUUCUUGCGCGAAUGGAUUCUGCGUCUUAUUGGAAAUCUGUCGACGUACUUCUGACAGGAGUAACCAAAACUCAAACAUGUUUGCGCGGUGUUUUUGAACGGAUAGGAAUGGUGUCUGGUAAUAAAAUGCAGUCAUGUGCGGAGGUGUCGUAUUUGCAUCUGAAAACAUGUCUACCUGUCGAGGAGCACGCCCGUAGCAUUCUCACCCCUUUCGCGUUCGAUAAAAUGCAACAAGAAAUGGUGUUAGCUAUGCAAUAUGCUGUGUCUGAAAUGCCUAACGGGUCGUAUCUUGUGCGCCAUUUCAAGAAGGCUGACGCCGAGCGUCUUGUACUCUGGAUGUCUGAAAGCGAACAAAUUCACUGUUCUUGCAAGGAAUUCGAGUCGACUGGAAUCCUCUGCAGACAUGCCCUUCGGGUUCUGUUACUCAAGAACUAUUUUCAACUUCCCGGAAAAUAUCUUUUGAGCCGGUGGGGACAAGAGAGCUCCCUCUUCUCCUCUAGCGGAACGAAAAUGAAGGAAUGCUGUCAGGAAUUCAAUUCUCUUACAGGUACCUUGUUUGCUGAAGCAAUGGUGACCAAGGAGAGGUAUGAUUUUGUACAUAGAGAACUUGUGAAAGAUCUGAGUCGACUUAUCCGACAAGUGAGAGAUAUGCCGCCAGCUGAUGAUGAUGAUAUUGCUAGAACUACUUUGUGACCAGAAGAAGUCUUCUUUGAAAGAUUGGAGAAGAAACCUAAGUACUUCCAUGGCUGUAAAAAGGAUCCUUGCAGAGAUGGACCUUUAAGAAGCUUAAUCCUCAGGUAACCUGAUAUCUGUAUAGUGUUUUUUUGAAUGUUUUUUCAUGAAAUUCAACGAUAUGUUGCAACUGA